AUGGCGAGUUUUGACGACUUUGCGUCCCUGAUACCGGGCUACUUUCGCGGGCCACCAGCCUUACUUGACAGUCUUGAGACAGAGACAUCUGUCCUCCAGGCGCAAACUGUCAACGAAUGCCUCCCACUGCUCAAUGCCAUCAACGAUCCUUCGAGCAGUCCCUUCGACUACAACGAGUUUGGUGUGCCCGAACUAGAGCGGGAAAAGCACAUCCAAUUCCUCAAAGCAAACUUGGCGGAGUUCCCUGCAAGAUUUGUCGGUCUCGAUGCCAGCAGGCCUUGGAUGGUUUACUGGGCGUUAUUGUCGUUGUACAUGCUUGGGGAGGACGUAACUCAUUAUCGUUCAAGGGUCAUCAAAACAUUCUCCUCGAUGCAAGACGCAAGCGGAGGGUUUGGAGGCGGCUUCGGACACUAUUCCCAUCUCGCUGGGACAUACGCAGCACUAUUGAGCCUCGCGUUAGUGGGGGGCAAAGAAGCCUAUUCACUGAUUCACCGCGACCAAAUGUGGCAUUGGCUAGGUCGGCUCAAACAACCAGACGGCGGGUUUCAGAUAUCUGAAGGUGGUGAAGAAGACGUGAGAGGGGCAUACUGCGCAUUAGUUGUUGUUUCACUGCUCAACCUUCCACUGUCCCUGCCGGCAGAUUCUCCAGCCCGGAGUGCCGGCCAUGAGACAUUCAUGGAUGGCCUUGGAGAAUACCUCUCCCGGUGCCAGACAUAUGAGGGCGGGAUUGCUGCUUCUCCUGGUAACGAGGCUCAUGGCGCGUACGCCUUCUGUGCCCUCGCCUGCCUUUGUCUGUACAGCAGUCCGCAUGUGGCAAUGCGCCGGUUCCUCGACAUUGACGCCUUGGUCUGGUGGCUUUCGUCCCGACAAUACGCGCCUGAGGGCGGAUUGGCCGGACGGACUAACAAGCUCGUGGACGGGUGUUACAGCCACUGGCUUGGGAGCUGCUGGCCACUGGUCCAGGCUGCUAUCAGCGGCCCCCGAGGGACGAACAGUGCCAGUGGGGACGGACACGUGGUCCAGGAGAACCUCUACAGCAGUGAAGGGCUUGCCCGGUACAUCCUAUGUUGCUGCCAGGCAGAAGAUGGUGGACUAAGGGACAAGCCAUCGAAGCCGCCCGACUCUUACCAUACGUGUUACACGUUAUCUGGCAUCAGCACUGUAGAACAUUCACACUCAUACGGUCACGUCGACGAUUCUGAAGCCUUUGCCUCGGCCUUUUCAUGGAAAGCUUGCAGUGCCCUGAUCCCUAGCGAGGCGGAUCCGACGAAGAAUUUUGACACAGGCGCGCAUGUCAGGGCCAUUCAUCCCGUGUACUCAGUUCCUCACGAAGCUGCUCGAGCCAUCCGGAGCUGGGCGCUGUCUCAUCCACUCGAUACAGAAGUGAGGGACUGA